AAAAUUGGAGGAGGAAACAACCACCACUGGUGUCAUAAAAUGUAAUUGCCUUUAUAUGUUAAAACAGGAUGUGGAUUUUUUUAGAAAAAAAAAAGAAAAGAUAUACUGCUCUCUAGCCUAUAAUCGACUUCCAUUCAAUUAGCUAGAGCAUUAAUGCAUGCAAAUCGAAGUCUAAAUAUUCUUCAAUACUGAACUAAUAUUGACUAAUAUUGACAUCAGCUGUCCUAUACUUUUAUUGGAUCUGUUCACUCGCCUCAAAUUGAAAGAUCUUCAGUUUAUGGACUUCAAUCUUAAUGUUCCAGAAUUAAGUUUUUCAAUUUCUCCGGUAGAGCUUCCUAUUAUUUUAGUGUUUUAUACACUCUCAUCCUAUGAAUCCAAUUCUGUUAGAAAUGGUAGUCACAUAUGGAACAUAGCUGCAAGCAGAAUCAGUUCUCUGAUUUCUACUCGUAGAUGGUCAUUGUAUAAAUUGGUUGGUAUUGUGUGUUUGUGGUUACAGUAUGUCAAUGCUUAUGAGAAUCUACUUAUAUUAGUUGGAUAUCCUGUGGACGACAUUAUGAAAAGAUCUUCUGUUAAGAUGUCUGAGGAUGACAUAUUUGCAAUAGCUGUUAAAAAACAAUGGAGGAGUGUUUCUGAAAUUGAAAAGAAGCUGCCUGCUGAGGCUAUUGCAUGGGCACGGCGAAUAGCUCGUUACAGAGCAGUAUUAAGUAUUCAACAGACGAAGAAUUGUUCUAAUAAAUUGCUAGUCACCAGUCGCUUCAAAUUCUUCAGUAGGGUCCUUAUACUCCUAAAACUUAUUUGGAGUGUUAUAUGCAGAACAUUCAACUCAUUAAUAAGCUUGCUUCUGCAUAUAUUUUUUGCUGAUCAUCCACAGAUUGAUGAACAGUUUGGAGUUGUUUCUGAAGAUUUUUGUGCACAAAGUUGCUUCAGUGUAAGCAUGGGAAUAAUUUCAAUUUUUAUCUCCCCAGUGAAUAAGGUUCAGUCUCUUGUUGGUGGGGAUCCAAUCUCAGAUGUUGGGAGCUCAUCCUCGGAUUUAUUUUCAUGUUGUGUUUCAAUUGAUGGGUUCGUCUUAAUGUACACAGAAAACAUUUUUGAACAGUGUUUUUCCAUUUCAUGUGGGCCUUUGAAGGUUACGUCCUCGUCUCCUACUGAAGAUGGCUCAAAGAAUAACAAUAGUUAUCUGAAAGAAGCAUGUUAAAAUAUUUUUUUUUUCUGACUUUUUCUACAAUUUCAAAGCUUCAGAAAUGACUAAUUUAUUUAAAUUGUUCUUCCAGGUACAAAACCUUCUUCAACAGAUGGCAUCCAGACCAGUGAAGAUUACAGAUUCUAUGCUAUAUCAACUGGGUUCAGUGAAUUUAGUAUCAAGGACAAGACAUCAAAUUAAAUCAAAACUCAAGGGGUUUGUCUUAAUGUUUUUCCUGUUAUUUUUUGGCGAAUGUUAAAACAUAAUUUGU